GUCAAAUUUGACAGUUCUCAAUAGUAAGGUUAUCAAUGUAGUAUUCAAAGUUCGAUUUCGUAAAGUUCCAUCAAAAGAAUGGCCCCAAACAAGGUAGUUUUAAUAGCUUGUGGUUCUUUUAACCCUCCUACACAUAUGCACUUAAGGCUUUUUGAAAUUGCUCGCGAUUACCUCCAGAAAAUGGGCAUAUGCGAAGUUUUAUUCGGUAUAAUCUCUCCUGUACACGACGCAUAUGGCAAAAAGGACCUCGCUCAAGCAUCACACAGAUUGGCGAUGGCUAAGUUAGCUUCAGAAAGCAGCGAUUGGAUUCGAGUUUCCGAUUGGGAAUGCAAACAAAUGGGGCACAGCAGGACAUAUCUAGUCUUAAAACAUCACCAAGAUCUGAUCAAUAAUAUGAUUAAUAAUAAGUUAAAUGAUAAUGUUAAUGAAGAAGAAGUUGGUUUCAUUCCAAAUUUUGUAUUAAAUAAUUUGCAUGGAAACAUACAGGUUAAGUUAAUAUGUGGGGGCGAUUUAUUGGAAUCUUUUGGAAUCCCCGGAUUGUGGAGUGAUGCAGAUAUUGAAGAUAUUGUUAAAACUCAUGGUUUAGUUGUUAUAAGUAGGGAGAAUUCAAAUCCACAUAAAUUUAUUUAUAAUUCCGAUAUUUUAACAAGAUAUAUGAGAAACAUACAUAUUGUUACCGAGUGGAUAACGAAUGAUAUUAGUUCAACAAAAAUACGAAGGGCUUUAGGAAGAAAUGAUUCUGUUAAAUACUUAGUUCCAGAUAAAGUUAUUGAGUACAUCACAAAAAAUGAGCUUUAUAAUUCUGAAAAAAGUAAGUAUCUUUUACCAUCAAUCGCACAAGAUGGAAAUUUUCUUAUCCCAUCACCAAUGGACAUCUCAACGGAGUCACCGAGUCCAAUAAAUCUCAACUGCAUCAACUUGUGCAACAGCAAUUUAUUCAGUAAUAGGCAAGAGGUGUUGAAAAAACCAGGUUUGGCAGUCAAAAUAAUCACGGACAACACUGGCGAACAUGUGGUAGUCCAUGAUAACGGCAACGAGGAGGUACGUGAAACGUCAAAAAUUGAAAAAAAGGGUUCAUUGAUAAAAGCGUCGAAAAGUUGUGUUAGUUUUGAAAAGUUGGAGGCGAAAUGGUCGUUACAGGGUAGCAAAUCCAACGAUGAUCUCAAAGGAUAUAAAAGUUGUGACGAAAAUUUGAUUAAAUUUAUUUUUACUAAACAUGGUAUUCAAGUUAUAAGCGAUAUAGAAACGAUUGUUUAAAGCGUUCGUUUUUUAUACUUUUAGAUAUUAGUUUAAAAAAAGCUUUCUUUUGUUGAUAACUGUGAUUUGUUGUGAUUAUUUGGAAUGCAUGUGCCAAAUUUGUUGGAAAGAUUGUUACUUUAGCAUGAAAUCCUUUAAAAAAAUUAAUUAAAUUUACUGGGAAUUUCAUAUAACUCGCAAUAUAUUAAUGCAAUAACCAUAGUUACCAAACUACUGUGCACCUGCACUGUCCCACGUAAAAUGCAACAUAACUUAAUAGUGCAGGCAUUGGGUAGUUUUGUAAAGGAAAAGUUUUGCUUGGAAAAGGUGACGUCCUUAUGAUAACCUUGA